AUGUUCUCUAAAGCUUUGACUUCAAUUUUGAUGGCCCUUUUUGCGGCUCAUCUUAUCUCUGCUCAUUUCACUUUAGACUUUCCUGCUACAAGGGGGUUUGAUGAAGAUAAGGAGGCAUCAUUCUGUGGUGGCUUCAGCGUUCCCACCAACUCAUCCGGCCGAACCAAAUUCCCUCUCUCAGGUCUAGCGCCGGUUCGCAUCACAUCACAUCAUCAAAAAGCUGAAGUGACUAUUCUCCUCAGUGUAAAGCCUAACCCAACCAGUCUUUCUGACUUCAAGACCAAAGGCCAGUCGAACUGUUUAAUGUCUUACACCACCAUCGUAGGGCAAGGAAAGUUUUGUUUUAUGGUUGACGUUUCGAACCUGGCAUCUAAAAUCACACCCGCACCGGUAGAGGGAUCCCUUGCUACCAUACAAGUUCUUUUCAACGGUGGUGACGGCAUUUUAUAUCAAUGUACCGAUGUAGUCUUGACACAAGCGGCGAAGAUCCCUAAAAAGGAGCUUUGCUCGACCUUCUAG